AUGGCAUCGCUGGAGCCAGGCCUCACCAGGUCCCUGAACCGGGGCCAAGACCAGGCUUAUGGCACCGGUGGGAGCCCCAUGCCCCCCCAGCGUCCUGGCACUCGGGAUCAGACCUACCUGGACGAACUCAUCAACAUCCCCAAGGGCAGCGGGCCCGGAUUCAGCUUUAGGAAACUCUGGGCUUUCACUGGUCCUGGCUUCCUCAUGAGCAUCGCCUACCUGGACCCGGGCAACGUGGAGUCGGACCUGCAGUGCGGGGCGGUGGCAGGGUUCAAGUUGCUGUGGGUGCUGCUGUGGGCCACCGUCCUGGCUCAGCGCCUGGCCAUCCGGCUGGGUGUGGUGACGGGCAAGGACCUGGGUGAGAUUUGCUACCUCUAUUACCCCAAGGUGCCCCGUGUGCUGCUCUGGCUCAUGAUCGAGAUCGCCAUCAUCGGCUCUGACAUGCAGGAGGUGAUCGGGACAGCCAUCGCCUUCAGCUUGCUCUCGGCCGGCCGCAUCCCCCUUUGGGGUGGGGUCCUCAUCACCAUCGUGGACACCCUCUUCUUCCUCUUCCUUGACAAGUACGGGCUCCGCAAACUGGAGGCUUUCUUCGGCCUCCUCAUCACCAUCAUGGCCCUGACCUUUGGCUACGAGUACGUGGUGGUGAGGCCGAGGCAGGUGGAGGUGCUGAAGGGCAUUUUCCUGCCCUACUGCCCGGGCUGCGGGCGAGAGGAGCUGCUCCAGGCCGUGGGCAUCGUUGGCGCCAUCAUUAUGCCCCAUAACAUCUUCCUCCACUCCUCCUUGGUCAAGACACGGGCGAUUGACCGGUCCAAGAAGGACGCGGUGCGGGAGGCCAACAUGUAUUUCCUGACCGAGUCCUGCCUGGCCCUCUUCAUCUCCUUCCUCAUCAACCUCUUCGUCAUGGCUGUCUUUGGUGAGGCUUUCUACCGCCAGCGAAACCAGGAUGUGCACAACAAGUGCGUCAACAGCAGCCUCUGUGGAUAUCCACCAGGGGGAAGGCUGGGAGGUACAGUCUCUGUGGAUAUCUACCAGGGGGGCGUCAUCCUGGGCUGCUAUUUCGGGGUGGUGGCACUGUACAUCUGGGCCAUCGGGAUCCUGGCAGCGGGACAGAGCUCCACGAUGACCGGGACCUACGCAGGGCAGUUU